AAUGAGGUACAAAAUUUGUAAAAUGUUUACCGAGGGUAACAUUUUUGUUGCUCUUUCUGUGGAAAUGCGGCCUUUUAUUUUGAUCCUCAAAUACUAAAUUGACUGUCAGGUUUCUGUCAAUUUGUUGUCUCAGCGGAUGAUGCAUUUACAAGUAACUAAAUUGUCAGUUUCCAGUUGGCAUUUUUUUCCCCUUGGCUAGAGUUUUUAUAAAAACAAAUUGGAGUGCAUUUCAGCUAUAAAAUACAAGUAAAACAAAAGUAUGUCAGAGAAAGAGACCCUUUGGUUGGGCUGGUGAAGCUCCUAGGCUCCUGGAGACCUCAUUGGUGUCCUAUAAUAUAAUUUAAGAAACCAUGUUUGAAUUUUUUUUUUAAAAUAAAAUAAAAUAAAGAUCCAGUGUCCAAUCUCCAUUAAAGUGGUCUAUGAAUUUUUGGUCUGCUUUAGCAUCUUGGACAAUCAAGAUCACUUUUUUCCUACAAAGUAGGUAUGCCAAGGUUUGCCUUGUGUAUUAGUAGUUUAGCACAUCGUGACUGGCAGUUGCUAAAAGCAAAAUGAAAACUUUCAAACAUUGCAUACAAACUUACAUCUGAAUCAAAGAACAAACUGACCUGGGGAUUCUGUUUCUUUUCUUAUUUUCUUCAUAGAUCAAUGCCAUAUAAAGGGCACACACACACAUACAAUCAUUUCAAUAACCAGAGGCUGUUUGUUAUUCAAUUUCCUUCACCUUAUGGCAAUCCCAGAAUCACAAGAAACCAUAAUCCCACUGAUAGGCACAUCAGAAACACAAACAAAAACAGAACUAGAUGAUGAUACCCAACUUGAUCACACUCUCUACCGCUUUGAGACCUUUCUCAGGCUCUUUGGCUUCUGCCAGUAUUCCUUUUGGAGCUUCAGUCUCUCAUGGCUUGCAUUCCUUCUCGUGGGUGUUGCACUGCCAGUGCUACUUAUUGGGAUCUUUCAAUGUUCCAAUUGUGAUAAGUAUCAGAUCAAAAGUUUUGAGCUUGAGAUUCUGGUUAGCGAGUCUCUUGUGGCUGCAAGUUCUUUGCUUUGUAUUUCUCACAACCUCCGCAAGUAUGGAGUAAGAAGGUUCUUGUUUGUGGAUAGAUAUCAUGGCCAUAUGACUCAGUUCCAUGAUGAAUAUAUGCGAAAGAUCAAUGAUUUCUUUCACUUGCUGUCAGUGUGGCUACUACCUUGCUUCCUUCUGAAGACUGCUCGUGAAAUAACUCGAGUCAUUUAUGUCCCUCAAGAUUCAUUGUGGAAAUCUGUUGCUGUUUUACUUGCUUUCCUUGUGUCGUGGAUGUAUUCAAAUGUAAUAUUCCUAUCAGGCAGUUGUUUGUUCAAUUUGGUAUGCAAUUUGCAAGUUAUACACUUUGAGAACUAUGGGAAGCUCUUAGAAAUGGAUAUAGAUGUUUCUGCAUACCUUGAGGAACACAUUUGUCUAACGCAUUAUCUGUCCAAGAUUAGCCACAGAUUCCGAAUCUAUCUUCUUCUUCAACUUUUACUUGUCACAGCUAGCCAGUUUGUGGCUCUUUUGGAGAGCACAGAAAACAGCAAAGUCAUCACUCUUAUCAAUGGAGGAGACAUUGUAGUCUCCUCUAUUGUUGAGCUUGUUGGAAUAAUCAUAUGCCUGCAAGCAGCUGCAAAGAUUUCACAUAGAGCUCAAGGGCUUGCAUCAGUAGCUAGCAGAUGGCACGCUUUGAUCACGUGCAGCUCCGGUGAUGCUUCCCAAUUGGGAAUUGACAAUGAUACAGAAAACUUGGGGAGUUCUUAUCCAGCUGGUUCAUUGCCCAUAAACUACUCAGAAACUGAUCUGGACUCUAUUGAUUAUGUACCAGUGCCUACAAAUACACAACUAGCUUCAUACAUGUCCUUGUAUCACAAAAGACAAGCUUUUGUCACUUAUAUGCAGUCCAACCCCGGUGGGGCUACUAUAUACGGAUGGAGGAUUGAUCGGGCACUGAUUAAUACCAUCUUCUUUGUUGAGCUCUCACUCGUUCUUUUUGUGCUUGGGAAGACGAUAACCUUCACCACUAAAUGAUUUACGAAUAUUGUUAGGUGACUUUUAUUCUGCUGUAUUUUUAGGGGCAGGAGUAACAUAGGCAAUGCAAUUGUAGUAGUCUUAAUCCCUGCUGUAUCUUAGUUGGUUUUUUUCUUCAGUUCAGUUGUAUCACACACACAUUGACCUAUAUUUAUUGUUAAACAAAAUGCACGUUUCUUGUCGACAAA